GACCCGGAGGCGGGGCUGUCUCUGCGGCAGGGCCCAGCUCGGCUCCCCCCGGUCGCUCUCUGUCUCUCCUCCUCCCUCCUGCUCCGGGCGGAGCCCGGCAUGGGGGGGCCGGCGCCCGGCAGGCCAGUGGAUCCGGGACCCAGGGAGGGCCGCCCCCCGGGCCUGGUGGCGCUGAGCAGGGCCCCCCAGCCCCCACCUCCUGCCCCACGACAUGAACCUCCUCUACCGAAAAACCAAGCUGGAGUGGAGGCAGCACAAGGAGGAGGAGGCCAAGAGGAGCUCCAGUAAGGAGGUGGCUCCCACAGGCCCGGCAGGGCCCGGGGCUGGCCCAGGGCCUGGUGUCCGCGUGCGGGACAUCGCCUCGCUUCGCCGCUCCCUCAGGAUGGGCUUCAUGACAAUGCCCGCCUCCCAGGAGCACACUCCCCACCCCUGCCGCAGCGCCAUGGCCCCACGCUCCCUCUCCUGCCACUCGGUGGGCAGCAUGGACAGUGUGGGGGGCGGGCCUGGGGGAGGCAGUGGGGGUCUCACAGAGGACAGCAGCACCCGAAGACCCCCAGCCAAGCCCCGGAGACACCCCAGCACCAAGCUCAGCAUGGCAGGGUCGGGGGCAGAGAUGCCCCCCGGCAAAAAAGCAGGCUCACAGAAGCCAACCCCAGAGGGCCGAGAGUCCAGCCGGAAGGUUCCUCCACAGAAGCCCAGGCGAAGCCCCAAUACCCAGCUCUCUGUCUCCUUCGAUGAGUCCUGCCCCGCAGCCCCCUCUCCUCGAGGGGGGAACCUGCCCCUUCAGCGCCUCAGCAGGGGCUCCUGCGUAGCUGAGGACCCUGAGGUGGGUGCCCAGGAAGAAGAGCCCGUGUACAUUGAGAUGGUGGGGGAUGUCUUCAGGGGAGGAGGGCGAAGUGGAGGAGGCCUGAGUGGGCCCCCUCUUGGAGGUGGGGGCCUGACCCCUCCAGCUGGCGCCGACUCGGACUCAGAAGAGAGUGAGGCCAUCUAUGAGGAGAUGAAGUACCCGCUGCCAGAGGAGGCAGGGGAAGGCCGGGCCAAUGGGGCCCCUCUGUUGACAGCGACCUCCUCACCACACCAGCCUCAAGCCCUUCAGCCCCACACCCACCGCCGUCCAGCUUCAGCCCUCCCGAGCUGGAGGGAUGGGACGCCCUCCAAGACCACUCCUUGUGAAAUCCCCCCGCCCUUCCCCAACCUUCUCCAGCACCGUCCUCCGCUCCUGGCCUUCCCCCAAGCCAAGUCUGCUUCCCGAACCCCUGGCGAUGGGGUCUCGAGGCUACCGGUCCUCUGCCACUCCAAGGAGCCAGCCGGCUCCACCCCAGCUCCCCAAGUGCCUGCCCGGGAGCGGGAGACGCCUCCGCCGCUGCCUCCACCUCCUGCUGCCAACCUGCUGCUGCUGGGACCCUCUGGCCGGGCCCGGAGCCACUCGACGCCAUUGCCACCCCUGGGCUCUGGCCAGCCCCGAGGGGAGCGAGAGCUCCCCAACUCCCACAGCAUGAUCUGCCCCAGGGCGGCAGGGGUGCCAGUAGCCCCUCCUGCCCCGGCCGCCUUGCUCCCCGGCCCCCCCAAGGACAAGGCUGUGUCUUACACGAUGGUGUACUCAGCAGUCAAGGUAACCACGCACUCCAUCCUGCCAGCUGGUCCGCCCCUGGGUGCUGGGGAGCCAAAGACGGAGAAGGAGAUCGCAGUCCUCCAUGGGAUGCUGUGCACCAGCUCGAGGUCCCCUGUGCCCGGGAAGUCCAGCCCCCACAGCGGGGCCAUGGGUGCAGCGGCUGGGGUUCUCCACCACCGCAGCUGCCUGGCUUCCCCGCACAGCCUUCCAGACCCAACUGCAGGCCCCCUGACCCCCCUCUGGACCUACCCAGCUGCAGCAGCUGGGCUCAAGAGACCCCCUGCCUAUGAGAGCCUCAAGGCUGGGGGGGUGCUGAAUAAGGGCUGUGGAAUGGGGGCCCCAUCCCCCAUGGUCAAGAUCCAGCUGCAGGAGCAAGGGACCGAUGGGGGUGCCUUUGCCAGCAUCUCCUGUGCCCACGUCAUCGCCAGUGCAGGGUCACCAGAGGAGGAAGAAGAGAUGGGCGCCACGACAUUUGGGGCAGGCUGGGCUCUUCAGAGGAAGGUCCUAUAUGGAGGGAGGAAGGCACAAGAGCUGGACACAGAAGUCGAGGAUGGUGCCCGGGCCUGGAAUGGCAGUGCUGAGGGUCCAGGCAAGGUGGAGCGUGAGGACAGGGGCCCCAUGUCAUCAGGGAUUCCAGUGAGGAGCCAGGGGGCAGAGGGCCUGCUGGCCAGGAUCCACCACGGAGGGGACCGAGGAGGGAGCCGCACAGCGCUGCCCAUACCCUGCCAGACCUUCCCCGCCUGCCACCGCAAUGGAGACUUCACAGGAGGCUACCGCCUGGGGCGCUCAGCCUCCACGUCUGGAGUCCGGCAGGCCGUGCUCCACACCCCCCGGCCCUGCAGCCAGCCCAGGGAUGCCCCAAGCCAGACCCACCCCGCGCUGCCGCUGCCGCUGCCGCCGCCGCCGCCGCCGCCGCCGCCACCACCGCCACCGCCCCAGCCCGCCCGUGAGCGCGACGGGAAGCUGCUGGAGGUGAUCGAGCGCAAGCGCUGCGUGUGCAAGGAGAUCAAGGCGCGUCACCGCCCCGACCGCGGCCUCUGCAAGCAGGAGAGCAUGCCCAUCCUCCCCAGCUGGCGGCGGGGGCCCGAGCCCCGCAAGUCCGGCACCCCGCCCUGCCGCCGGCAGCACACCGUCCUCUGGGACACUGCAAUCUGAGGAGGGCGGGGGCCGGGCCCCGGGACUGGGGAGUGGGGUUGGGGUGCGCCCGGCUCUCCGGGAGACUUGCCUCGAAAGCGGGACACUUGAAGGACCAGGUGAGAGCGAGCCAGGGAGAACCCCUGCCCUCCACCCAAACCUCGGAGACGGGGAGUCCGCCAGGCCCAUCGGGCUUGGGGCGCCAGCAGUACCCCCAGAAGUGUGGGAGAGGAGGAGGGUUUGCUUGAGGUUGGGAGUGAGGCCCUCCCCUGCUCUCUCCACUGUGCACUGCUCCCUGCACUGAGCCAGGUAGACCCCUCCUCCUGAGAGGGCAAAGGCCAAGCCAGAGGUCAGCACGGGGGAGGAGGGAAGGGUUAAUGAGGAAGAAGGGGGCGGGUCAACUGAAGAACAGGGACGGGGGAUGGCUCAUUUAUAGAGUCGGGGAUGGGGGAGGGGUUAUUUAUUUUGUUAUUUAUUUUAGUCCGGAGGGCAAUUCUGGCCCCUUCUGACCUACUCCUGAGCGGGGAGUGGGGAAUGGCGGGCAAUGAAAGGGAACCAGGUUUGCACUCUCCCCAAUGCCUAGAGGCCCCACCGUCUGUGCCCACCACAAAGCUAGGGAUUGGUCUGGAGUGGGGCGUGGAGCGGGAGAAGGGAGGGGCUCCGAGAGCUGAGGGCCGCAGACUCAUUUACUUACAAAUCGCCGGAGUUUGGUAGUGAGCGUGGCCUGCUCUGAAACAGGUAUCUUCUUUAGCUCUGGGGUGAGGGUCUAGCACCAGGGAUGGGCGGGAUGAUGGGAAGGAGGGAAAUUUUAGCGGGGGGGGGCGGG